GCUCGGCUCCCUUCCGCUUCCGGGUCACGGGGGGUCACGGGCGGGGCGGACAUGGCGGCCGCCGAGCGAGGGGCCUCUGAGGUGGAAGACGCAGGGCAGGUCUUCCUCCUGAUGAAGAAAGACUAUCGAAUCUCCCGCAACGUGCGCCUAGCCUGGUUCCUCAAUCACCUGCAUCAAGUCAUUUGGGCUGUGCCUGAGUCAGAGCUGGUGAAGUCAGAUAAUGAACUGGAUGUUCUCAGCAUCCUGCCAAAUGGGUGGCAGCCACAUGAGUCUGUCCGGCCUAGGCCCUAUCUCCUAGUGCCCUCCACACAGGUCACCUUCCUGGCACGACAGUACCGAUUUGUGAUUGAGCUCGACCUGAGCCCGUCCACAGGCAUUGUGGAUGACUCAACAGGGGAGAUCAUUUUUGAUGAGGUGUUUCAUGCCCUUUCCCGAUGCCUAGUGGGAUUGCUAAAACCUUUCCGAAUUCCUGGUUCAGAAAUUACCUACCAGCCAGAGAUCUUUGUCACCAUCCAAGCAUAUUCCUCCAUCAUUGGCCUGCAGUCCCAUCAGGUGCUAUUCCAAGGCUGUCAGCUGGAUGAGACCAAGAGAGAGAGCUUCCUGCAGCAAAUUUACACACAGCUGUGUGCCUUUGAGAAUAAAGUGGCUGAGAUGCUCCAACAACAGUAUGAACUCAAGCCCCAGGUAGAUUUGUCACUCCUCAGCCAGGAGAGUUCUUGUGCCACACAGGAACCCUCUGGAAGGAAGCCCGGUGUCUCCAUGGUCACUGCUGACAUUGGCCUCGUCAGCAUGAUCCGACAGGGGAUCUUAGCACUGCAGCUGCUGCCUUCCAACUCCAGUGCAGGCAUCAUCAUAAUCACAGAUGGUGUGACCAGCGUGCCGGAUGUGGCUGUGUGUGAAACUCUGCUCAACCAGCUGCGGAGUAGCACUGUGGCCUGCUCCUUUGUGCAGGUGGGCGGAGUCUACUCAUAUGACUGCAGCUUCGGCCACGUCCCCAAUGUGGAACUGAUGAAAUUUAUUGCCAUGGCAACUUUUGGUGCGUACCUGUCCACCUGCCCUGAGCUGGAUCCCUUAAGCCUCGACCUGAAUGUGUAUCACAAGGCCUUCCUGCUGUACUCCUUCCUGCGCACUGGGGAGUCCCUGAACCCAGAGUAUUACUGUGUGUCCCAGCACAGACUGUUCAACGAGCACCUGGUGUCCGCGAGUAGCAACCCGGCUCUGGCCAUGAGGAGGAAGAAGCACACUGAGAAGGAGGUGCAUGCAGACCUCGUGAGCAUAGUCUCUGUCCGGCUGCGUGAGGGCUACAGCAUCCGGGAGGUCAACAUCACCAAAGGUGGCUCCCAGCUGGAGGUGAAACUGGUCUUGCUGUGGAAGCACAACAUGCGGAUAGAAUACCUGGCUGUGGCGGGAUGGCCCCUGGACCCCUCCAAGCGCAGUGCCUGGGUGGAGGUGACAAUGGAGGGCAGCUAUGACAUCCUGCAUGAUAUCAGCUGCACCAUGAGGAAGCCUAUCACCAGCCUGUACCGCACUACAGUGAUCCGUCGCUUCUGGAACACGCUGCAGAGCAUCAACCAGACCGAUCAGAUGCUAGUUCACCUGCAGUCUUUUGACACCGUUCCAGAGCACUUCACCAUCCCUGAGAGCACUAAGAACGGAGUGCCCCUUUUCUACAUCCCACCAGGCUCCACCACCCCGGUGCUGUCCCUGCAGCACAGCGGCUCUGACUGCAGCCAUUCGCAGUUUGCCUCCUACUGGAAGCCCAUUCUCUCCAUGGAUGCUAAUUUCUGGCAGCGGUGGCUGCACAUGCAUCGGAUUGUCCUCAUGCUGGAGCAUGACACACCCGUCCCAAAGCACCUGCACACACCAGGCAACAAUGGCCGGUACAGCACCAUCCAGUGCCGCAUCUCCCACUCAGCGCUCACCUCCCUGCUGCGGGACUGGAGCAGCUUUGUGCUGGUGGAAGGCUACUCCUAUGUCAAACUGAUGCCCAGCUCUGAGGAUCCAGCUCCUUCCUCAUUCUAUGUGGUGCGGAUCAUCUCCAAAGCUCCCUGCAUGGUUCUCCGGCUAGGGUUCCCCAUUGGGACGCCUGCCCAGGCCAGGAACCAGAUAGUGGAGGAGUUACAGGACCGGAUCCUGCAGCUGCGCUUCCCCCACAGGGUCCAGAGCAAAGAGGCGACUCCCAAAGUGAAGAGGAAAACUUUUGGCAGCUGCUCUCCCUCGAAGUCCCCACCCGUGGCUGGGGCCCCACCAGCCCUCUCGGACAGGCCCUGCCUUGUCGUGCUGCACAAGCCGCUGGAGAAGCUCCUGAUCAGGUAUGAGAAGCUGCCUUCCGACUACCGGGCUCCCUUCAUCCUCACCCUGGAGCACCCCCCUGUGUCCGGCCCCCUCACCAUGGUAGCCAACCGUACUGCCUCCUCCACUCUGGCUUCGCUCUCCCGCUACUUCUACCACCAGCGCUGGAUCUGGUGCAUCCAGUCGGGGCUCGUCCCAGCCGUGCCCAUCGCAGCUGUAGCCCAGCUCCUGUCCACGCUCACCGAGAUCCGUUUGUCAGAGGGUUUCCAUUUUGCAUCCAGUGGAGACGGAAUUAUCAAUAUGGUGCUGGAGCUGCCCAUACAGAGUGACUCCUCCAGUGGUGACAGCAGCGGCAGAGAGAAGCACACUUGCAUCGUCCAGUAUGUCCUCUUCCCGCCGCACUCCACCUCCACCAAGGACAGCUUCUCUACAGAUGACGACAAUGACACAGAGGUGGAGACCAUUGAAGUGGAUACCGAGCUGAACCUGGUCACUGAGUGCUGGGUGGAACCACAGAGUGGCCACAUCCGCAGCACUGCUGAGAACUGGAGGUAUCUCCAAGGGCUGCCCUACCAGAAGAUCCCCAAAGCCCUGUACCCCAGGGAUCUGGCCUGCGUUAGCACCAUGCUAACUUUCGAGUACAUCAGCCAGCUAUGCCAGAACAAGGAGUGGGUGUCCCUGGCUUUGGACACCAAGGCUGCUGAAGGCCCUGACAUGGGGGCUGGCUCCCAUGUGCAUGAGAUCCCAUUCCAGUUCAGCCUCCUGAAGCUGCUACCCAAAUGCCAGCAGAUUGAAAUGUUCUUCCUCAUGCUGACGGGAGAGGAUGAUGUGACGGCCAAGGACUCUUCGUUUGCACCCAAUGAAGUGCUGCUAGACUUCUUCCAUGGCUGCCUGCAGCACUACCUCAGCGACCGGGAGGUCCCCUUGGCGGACUCGGAUCAUACAGCCUUCGUGGAGCAGGUCUUGCAGCGGGACCGCGAUGGCCACCUGCCCCCAUUCACGCUCCCGGUGAUCCGAGUUCCAGAAGAGCCCCUGGAGGCCCCUGCGCCCCUGGAACAGCAGGGUCCCUCUCUGGGUGCUCACCCUAUUGGCAGUAGCGCUACCAGGGACGUGAGUGGCACCACAAGCACCCUGCAGAGCCUGUGCAACGCAGAGCUGCCGGAGGCCGAUAUGUCCCCGGCCGAUGCUGCUGGGUGUCUCCUGCAGUGGCGAUGCUAUGCCAAGCUGGUCAGUCCACAGCACCUCUUCCUCACCUUCCUGCCAGCCACCUUCCCUGACGUACAGAAGCUGAUGGCUUGCUCUCUGGAGAAAGCCCUGAAGGAGGACAGCUCAGCAGGAGAGAGCCUGGACCCUGCCUGUGGGGAGCCGGGCAGAAUGGGACUCGAGGAGGCAGCGGCUGCGGCAUUCCUACCUACUCUCAGUGUAACGCCGGCCAAUGAAGCAGGCCAGGACGCAGGAGAGCUAGGCGCUGCCCUGCGGAAGGAUGUACGCAUCUCCUUCAGCCGCCAGGCCUCACAGCCCGAGCUGAGUGAGUGCCACCGGGUCCGCUGCCCCAUCUACGUCUAUAGCUGCUCCAUGGAACUGCUGCGGGAGCAGAUGGUCAGCCCCCGGACACACCGGCCUCCACGGGACAUCUUUUUCAGGUCCCAGUUUCUGGAGCGCCCCACAAAUGCCACCUGGCUAGACCACAAGCACAAGGAGCUGGUGAGUUACUGCACGCUGCUGCAGGAGCACUCGCACCAGUGCUAUGUGAAAGGGCUGUUCAAGAGCCUGCAGCAGUCGCAUAGCAUCAGCUCCCAGGACCUUCUCACAGCCAUGGACUACUGCGAGGAGCUGCUGCAGGAGAUAGACAUCACCAACUUCCUGCUGACCCUCUGCAGCCACGUUCGGGCCUUCCGCGAGAGCCACCGGCACUUCCAUACGCACCCCAGGGCAGCCAGCCUGGAGCAGGAGGAAGAGCCGCUCUCCAGGGAGAGAGGCGUCCUCAUCUCAGAGUCUAGUGCGGAGAUGGAGGACUACAGCGAGCAGGACCACGGAGGUUUCUCAUGCCCCACUGAGGAGCCCAAGAUCAGCGCCAGCUGCUGCCCGGAGUUCCCCCUAUCCCUGCUGGAGAGUGACCAGCCCUGCCAGGUGCACCCCAACCUGCAUAAAAUCAUCCAGGAGAAGUUCCUGGAAAUCGGGAGUUUGCAUUUUAAGCCAGUGCUGUCGAAUCCUCAUUAUUUCUUCUACUGUCCGCCCUGUGCCAAGAAAGAGGAGGAGGCCUCCCGGGACCAGGCAGACAGGAAGGGCAGCGAGGACAUGGAGGGGUCAGAGGCUGAACUGGCAGCUGAAGAAGGGACCGUGUCGGGCUGCGGCAUUGCCACGGAGAGUGACCCAGAGCUGGAGGUGGAGUAUCGGGAGAAGCUGGAGAACGAAUUCCUAGACGUGGGCUCCCUCUCGGACUCGAACACCGUCAACCACGAUGACGACGACUCGUUCAGCGUCCUGGGCGGGGACUCGCUGAAUGAGCAGGAGCUCCUGGAGCAGGAGAUGCCACCGCUCUUCAUGCACCUGACCUGCUCUGUGAAAUUGCGCAGCCAGCACAGCUCUAUGCCCGUGCGGUCGCUGCCCACCUGCCUGGGGGAAGUGCUGAGCUGCCUGGAGAGCCACCAGGCUAUGGCCAGCAUUGAUCUCAGCGACCUCUGUGUGACCCUGGACAUCUUCGUGCUGACUUUGCCGCUGGAGAUAGAAGGUGUAAACGCUGACCUUCACCACAACAGGUACACGUCUGAGAGCAGCAUCUCCUUCGCCCGCUCACCCGGGCAGCCCUCCUCCUUUCGCUCGGACGAGGAGCUCAUGCACAACCUGGAACGGCUGCCGUCUACGGGAGGCGAGAGGCACCCAGCGCUCUCCAACCUCCCAGGGGUACACAGACAAGCUGUCGAAGCCACCAUGAAUGAGAUCCGUUGGCUUCUGGAUGAUGAGAUGGUGUCUGCCCUGCGCCGCUCGCAGGCGGUCAGCGCCUCGGUCCUGGACCGGGUCGCCACCCAUGUCUACAGCUCCCAGGGGCGGCCCAGCUGCCACAGUGAGGUGGUGCCCCUGCAGUUUGUCUUCGGGCCCGAGCACUCCUUGGAGAAGUUCAGAGAGGAGUUCCGGAGAAUGACCCUGCCGGGCUACGUGCUCAAUGCAGAGGGCUGUGAUUACCACUACAUCUCCGUCAGCCGCCUGCGCCCCAUGGAGACCCUCGCCAGUACUGUCCACAGCCUGCAGCAGCCCCCACAGGCGUGGCCGAGCCCCCUAGAGACCCCCGCCAGCGCUGUCCCCAGCCUGCAGCGGCCUGCGCCAGGAGGAAGCCCUGGAGCAGCCCAGAGCCAUGUUGGGCAGGAGGGGAGUAGCGAAGCAGAUGCUGAAGGCCUCCAGCCAAACCAUCCAAUGCCCUCCCUGCCGCAGGGAACUGGGGGCCUCUGGGCCUGGCCAGUGGGUGAGAGCCAGUUUGGGCCAGAUGUGGGAAAUGCACUGGGUGAGAGCGACCAGAUGCAGGAUGAGGAGCCACAGGAGGUGCUGAGGCUGGAGCAAAGUGGAGUGGUGGAGCAAAGUGGAGCUGUGGGGCACAGCUCGCUGGAGGAGGCAGCCCGGGAGAUGACCCCCCUGACUCCUCCCCACUCUCGGUUCCUGCCCUUGUCCUCGGAGAAGGGGAGUGCUGAGAAAUCGCCAUCUACAGCGAUCCUGUCUGACUCGGGGACCCAGGGCAGGGAAGGCGCCAGUAAGCAGCGUCCCAGCCGAGUGCAGAGUCUAGUGUCAAGCCAGGGCAGCAUGGACUCGGAUCACUUAGGUUACGAUGGAGGGAGCAGUGACUCAGAGUGCGAGGAAGCCCUGAUGAGCGACCAUGACCCCAAGUGCCCCCUGAUGCCAGAUUUCUGGCUCAUUGUAAAGAUCCAGCAGGACCGGGUAGAGGUGUAUUCUCACACACGCAGCCCAAGUGCGGAGCAGAUGGCGAUGGCUGAGGCCGGGAAGGAGCCGGCCGAGGAAUGUCUGCGUCUCCACCAGACCGUGGUGAGGAAGAUUGGCGAGAUCUGCAGGGUUGUUAACCAGCACUUGCUGCUGCAGGACCUGCACGACAGCCACGUCUGCAACACGCUGCUGGUGGCGGAGAGCGAGGAGGACAUCUGGAAGAGCGAGACUCCCUACAAUUCCUACCGGCAGCGCGCCCAGCCCACCGAUGAUUACUCCACCGAGGAGAGCUACCAGCCCCGUGACUACCUGGCAGCCACCAUGCAGUUCAUGCCAGGUCACUUUGCCUGCCCCGUGGUGUGGAGCACCCUCAUCCAUGUGCACUCCCGUCUCAAGAUGGGGCCCAACAUGGGAGUCUCGCGAGCUAUCCAGGCGCUGCGCUCGGUGCUCAAUGCUUUCUGCGUGGUGAACAGGAAGAACAUGUUUGUCUACCAGGAGCGAUCCACCAAGUCAGUCUUCUACCUCCGACUCUCUGAAACCACCCACAGCGGGAAGGCGUGGGAAGGGGAGAGCAUCCAGGGCUGUGUGUGCCGCUCGCUGGCUCUGACGCGCAGUCAGGAGCCCAUUUACACGGAGGAUCAGACAGGCUUGCGCUCCUCCUUAGACACAGCCUCCUGCCGCAGCGCGGACUCUGCCCGCCCUGUGGGCCAGGUGGACAGACACAUCCAGCUCACGGUGCAUGGUGUCGCCCCAGCAGGGCCCGAGAUCACAGACGAGCUGGUGAAGGUUCUGCGCAGGCGUCUGGAUGAAGCCACUUUGGACAUCAUCACUGUCAUGCUGGUGCGGAACUGCAAGCUGACCCCAGCCGACGUGGAGUUCAUCCAGCCCCCGGGCUCUCCGCCCACAGAAGUCCUCCAGUUCACUCUGCCCUCUGCCUCUCUGCCCUGGCUCCAUGCCGUGGCCUGUUACCUGCGCCAGAACCUGCUCAUCUUCCUGCACACCCCCAAGUACACAGACAGCAACGUUGAGCACCACUUCAAGCACUACGUCCAGCAGAGUGGCAGUCCCGACCUAGAUCUCUACCUGUACAACAAGCCCGGUGGCCAAGGCACUGGCGGCAAAGGAACCAUGUCGGACCUUGUGCAGCACCUGUUUCCGCUCUCCCACUUUCAAGGAAUUGCGUGCAUUGCUCUGUCAUUCGUGGAUGAGCGUGGCAGCCCCCUCUCACUGGCGCGCUGGGAACGGUCUAGUCCCCUGGAGCUGCCCCCGUCUCCACCUGGCACAGACCUGCUGCAGGACUCAGACUUUGAGAGCCUCACUGCAGUCAGCAGGCACCAUGCUGAGCCCGGCACCCUCCAACCAGCUGCCUGCACCCUGGUGCGCUUGGAUGUCUGGGAGAAAGGGAACAUCAGCCCCCUGCAGCUGUCGGAGAAGCUGCGCAGUGCCGUGCGCCACGCCCUCUGCGACGCGGUCAUGGAGUUCCGAGUGCUGCCGGCCCCACUCUGCAUGGAGGCUGCCUGCCCGCUGGAGGAGCAAAGCGGUGGCGGAGGCCUCAGGAGGACCAUGUCGGAGACCAAGGGGCUGGCUCUUCCUGCGGGCACUGCUGGUGCCGGUAGAGUGCCCCCGCCCCCUCUGCACUUCGCCUCAGCCCCCAGCUCUGGCUCUGGCGAGCCAGUCACGCCCACAAACAAGAUGGGACGCCGGAGCUUCUGGGACAUGCUGAGUAAGGCCGACUCCUCGGAGCUGGGCAGCCCCAAAACCACUGAUGACAUCGUGCUGGAGCGGCCAGAGGAGAGUCGCACCCGCCGCCGCCACAAGACAGAGAGCGUCAAGCAGCACCUGAGCCAGGAGCGUGCUUCUGCCACGGCCGAGCUGGAGCAGGCCCAGAGGCGCCAAGUCUGCCAGCUCGAGGAAGGGGAGGUGGGCACCAUGCACCCGCUCUUCAGUCAGACCUGCCGGCAGUGGAUGGCAUUCAUGAGUCGGCUGGGGUGUCCUUCGGUGCAGCAGUGCUCGGUGGAGAUCGUCUCCCGCUUCCUGCUCUCCUCCAUCCUGGAGGAGGUGGUGAGCCUGGUCACGGCCCUGGCGAGCGACACCGCUGUCAAGGUGUUCCAGCAGCACUGCUGCCCUCGGGGCGCCACCUUCCUUCCAUAUAACCCCAGUCAGCGCUCCAGUCCUCGGCCCGCGGCCGUCCGACGUUUCAUCCUGCUGGGACGCAACUUCCCCCAGUGGCGCUACAGCACGGAGCAGGCCCACAAGGGGCUCCAGCACUUCGAGGCCAUGGAGCUGAGCUUGGCGGAGAAGGGCUCCAACUCCAGCCCCUCGCUGGCCCCGCGACAGAGAUUCCUUCUCCUGGAGAUCCUCGACAAGAAGCUGAUGCUCUACACCUACAACUGGUCCCCGGACCUGGGCAGCUCCUUGAACAGCUCGCUCACCCGCCUGCUGCAGUGGCAGAACGCCCGCUCCCACGUCGUGCAUUGCCUCCUCAGUCAGAAACUGGGGCUUUUCCAUCACUACUGCUACCUGGACACACCCUGGCAUGAGGACAGCAAGCAGGAACCAAACCCCUUCCUGAACUCCACCCUGGAGGUGGAUGCCCUGAUCCGGAGCUCGAGCCCUCCCCCCAGCAAGGAGCAAGGGCGGCUCAGCAGCUCCACGCGCAGUCUGCCGUCCCUGCACUUCCCCCCCGACAUGAUGCCCUUUGACGAGGCUCUGCGAGAUGUCACCACCCUGAAGGGUGUCCCCCUCGGCCCAGAGCUGGGGCCACGUGACCCGGUGUCCUGGCAUGGUGCCCAGUUCCUGGAAAUCAAGAGCCUGGAGAGGAAAGAGCUGGAGAAGCAGAUGAAGAUUGAGAAUCUCUUUGUGACGUGGCAGCAGAGAUCAGCGCAGUCCAACAUGCCCAUCGGACUGGCAGACCUGGAGACCCUGAAGCAGUCCUCUCGCCUGGUUCACUAUUGUGCCACACCACUCCUCUUCGACUCAGCUUUCCGGCAGCAGAUCCAGGCCGACCAACAGGCGAAGCUGGAGGGGAAGAAACGCCAUCGCUCGAGCGACUCGACAGCGUCGGGGCGGGACCGGAGCCACAGUUGCGACUCGGCAGAGGUGCUGCCCUGCAAGCUGAAGGAGGAGCCCUGGCUGCAGGAGAUGUGCAACGCCUUCCUGCAGCAGUACAUCCAGUACCUGCAGAGCAUGGGUUUCAUCCUGGUGCAGGUGCGGCCUCCCUCGCCUGCCCGCAGUAGCACUAGCCGGAUCCGAGCUCUGGCAUUCCUGGGCACUGAGGGGAGAGGCUCCUUCUCCUACAAACCCAAAGCAGAUGGGAGUCCGAAGAGCACAAGCCCCCCAGUCACCACCUACCACCUGCAGAGAGCCCUCCCGGGCGGCAUCGUACUCAUGGAGCUGGGCUUCCAGGGUUGUUACUUCUGCGUGAAGCAGUAUGCGCUGGAGUGCUCGCGGAUCCCCAUGGGCCAGUCCGUCAACUCGCAGGGUGCUCUCACGGCCAGAGCUCGUAGCAAGAGCUGCAUGGGACCCAGCUCCAUCUCUGAGUCUGCGCUCUCCAUGCUCUUCACGGAGGAGUGUGACAAGGUGCGGGACCUCAUGCACGUGCACUCGUUCAGCUAUGAUUUCCACCUGCGCAUCGUGCACCAGUACCUGCUGGGCUCCCACAUGACCCUGCGCCAGGGCUACCAUCUCACCGGCUUCCUGGAGGACUUCAUUGCCCACCACCCCGACAUCCCCAAAUUCGGCCGCAAUCAUGUCUUCCAAGGCACGCUGGCCAUGCCCACCAACAUGAUAACAGCCCACCAGCUCUACAACUACGUGGCAGACCAUGCCAACACCUACCACAUGAAGCCCCUGCGCAUGGCCCGGCUGGCUGCGGGCAGCGACGGCAGGAAGGGGACCCCGGGCAUGGAGCAGAACGAAUAUGCGCUGGUCUCCAUCUGGAACAGCUCAGGCUCCUACAAGGACUCGGAGGGGCUGCGGCACCAUGACGACUUCGACGUGUCCCUGCUGGUGUGUCACAGCGCGGCGCCGUUCGAGGAGCAGAGCGAGGCGGAGAGGCACGUCCUCCGGCUGCGUUUCUACGUCAUCAUGACGAGCCAACGGGAGCUGUUCCCCCGGCUGACAGCCGACAUGCGGCGCUUCAAGAAGCAGCCGCGCUUGCAGCGGGAGAGCACGCUGGAGCCAGUGGUGGGCCGGGCGGCGUGGGAGGCGCCGGAGCCCGGUCAGGGCUGCCAGCAGCAGGCAGAGCGGGACCUGUGGCAGGAGGUAGAGGACAGCAGCGAAUUCUACGCGGGUGGUGCCCAGGUCAAGCUGGGCCCUGGACUGUUCUACACCUCGCCGCUCUUCCCCCUGCUGGCCUCCGAGGUGGCCGUGGCCCAGAAACAGCUGAGCAGCAUGGUGCAGCUGGCCAAAUGCCACUGCCGCAGGGACACCCUCUGGAAGCGCCUCUUCCUGCUGGAGCCGCUGGCCUCGGACAAGCUCAAGCUGGGCAAGCUGUCGCUGGGGGAGCUGGAGGAGCUGCUGAACGCAGUGCAUGGGAAAUCCAUCGCCGACAUCGACCCCCAGCUGGGCUGCUUCCUCACCAUGACUGUGCCCUGGUACCAGAGCCUCAUCAAAGUGCUGCUGAGCCGCUUCCCCCAGAGCUGCUGCCACUUCCACAACGUCGAAACUGGCACCCAGUAUCUAGUCGUGCUCAAUCAGAAGUUCACAGACUGUUUUGUUCUCGUGUUUCUGGAUUCCCACUCAGGGAAGACGAGCCUGACAGUGGUUUUCCGGGAGCCUUUCCCUGUGCAGCCCCAGAACAGCGAGAGCCCCCUGCCACAGCUAGUGUCCACCUACCAUCACCUGGAAUCCGUCAUCAACACGGCCUGCUUCAACCUCUGGACGGGGCUGCUCUAGCCAGGUGCCAGCACCUUCCAGCCCGACACACCGCGCACCCCAGUCUGCACCAAGGAGCUGACCUCCAGCAGGAUUCCCCUGGCGCUGCUGGCAGCAUGGGGGUCACGUGAUGCAUGAGUAAUGGACAGAGUGGAGGGUGCAUGGGGCUUGGCGGCUCUCCUGGACCUCCAGCUAGCUCAGACUCCCCAGAAGGGGCAGGGCAGGAGGGGUCCCCCCCUCUCAGGUAGAGGAGCUGCUGUUAAGGACACUCACGUGUGUUUGACACUGAAUGGAUUUGAAAUGGAGACCCAGGGAGGCCCCAGCAGCAGGAGCUUGGCGCACAUGCCAUAGCGAAACAGCUGCCAUCUCUGGGCCCAGAAACCUGGCACCCACGUAUGCACAGCCCGCUGGGCCUGGCAACGGAGCUGCCUGGCAUGCUGGGCCGGAGCCAGGCCCAGUCCUGAGGGCACUGAGUGUGGCUGUUGCGGCCUGUCACUUCGAUGGGUGGGAUUUCAGUGGUGGGCCAGCCGCGGGGCGGCAGGGGGUUUUAUGAGGAUGUACUGAAGGAUGUCACUGUCAAAUAAACUGCCUCAGACCGGC